AUGGUGACUGCAUCUUUCGAUGAGGUGAUCGAGGCCAUCCCGUACCGGACCGAGGCCAGCCGCACUUUCUCUGCAGCCAAGGCCGCUCGCAGGUCCGAACCAGCUACGGAAACGCCUAGCUCCUCUACAGCCCCGCCUAGCGGUGGCCGAAAUUUGCGGGUUGACCCAAAGGACCUGAUCGGGUACAAGGUUGGAGAGGAUGACGAUCUCAACUAUAUGCUCGGUGUCGACGACGCCCACUACUGCAGACUCACCGAGGACAACCCCGAGCACGAGGACAUGCGAACUGUCAAGCAGCCCGACAUCCCCAUGGACUACCUCUUGAAGCCCCCUCGCUGGGUGGAUAAGGUGUCAAAAUGGAUGAUCGGAGCGGUGAGGGGUUCGGUCGUUGAGUCGAGGAGCAGGGUCGGCAAGUGGAUCAGGGUUGAGGAACUCCUGUUUCUUUUGAAGCGGCGGCACAAUGUCGUGAUCGGUCACCGAAUGCUGCAAUCAGUGGUGGCUCACGACAAUAAGUGCAGGUUCCUCCUCGCCGAGCAUUCCAAGGACCUACGCAACGACUAUAUUGACUGCGGGGUGUGGCCGAUAUGGAUUUCUGCUAGCCAUGGGCACAGCGCGCGCAUCCAGAACGAGGUCGAUGAUGCCAGCAUUGCCACAAGGUGGCUCGACCCUCGGAGGCGCGCGAUCGACCAAGUUCCAGCCGCCUACAAAGGCAGGCCAUUCUUGUGCCGCGGCGACGAGGAGUUUCCAAAUCGGCUUUACCGUCGGACCGCCCACGAUGCAGCCUUUCAGAUCCUCGAGGAAGGCCUCAUCCCAGGAUUCCGUGGCUCGGGGAAGUACCACUGUUACUUCGCAAAAGCCACGCUAUCGGAACUGGGCAACAAGGCAGGAGUGCGGGCCAAUCUGCAUGUCGAGCUAGUGUUUGACACGGUCGAGGUGCUGAAGCACGCGGGAUACUUUGCCGAGAACGAGUUCCGGGUGAGUGCGUGCUAUACGUACGGGACUCCGACAGCAAUUCAGACCCUGUGGACCCGACCGUCGCCGGGGGAUGAAGAUGUCGAGGUCAUCGUCGAGAUCGCUGGGCUGACCACGACUGAUGACGACGAUGAGCCGGCGGACUUGUUCUCAUUCCCAGAACCGGCGGAACCAGAAGAAGAGGCUGCCAUCCUCUCAGAGGUCAUCCAAGAGCCUGAGGCAGAGGCUGCCACAAUGGACGCGGAUGUUCCAGCCCCACUUAGUGGAGGCCAUGGAGAUGAACAAGAAGAGCAAGUCCCCGAUACUUCGGAUGCUCCGAUGCCUGCGAUCCUCGACGCAACAGCUGCCGAUGUUCUCCCUGAGGAGACGGCCUUGUUGGGAGAGGACGACGGUGCUGGCAUUGGAACGGUUGCACCUCCCGAGCUUUCGGAGGGAUUGCCAACCGCUGCCAUCCCAGAGCCAGACACCACCAUGGCUAUCAUCAACGUCAAAACUAAAGAGACAGCAGCAGCAGAGGCACCCGUGGCACCGAAGGAGGAGCACGUCACCAGACCUGCCAACAAGAUGCCCACGGAGCCCCCGCACCGCAUUCUGCCACCUCCAGCCCCAUCAUCGGGUGGCCGUCGGCGUGCUUGCCCCCAGUGUGGCACAGUGCACCUGGUGGGACAAAUGGUGUGUCUUCGGUGCAAAGCUCAGCUGGCCAAAGCCACGGCGCAGAGCCAGCGCAAACGCCUCAAAACCGACCGGUGGUUUCAGGAGCAAGCAGCUGCCCUUGCAACUGGCAAGGCAAAGUCGCGCCUGACCGUUGAGGAAGUCCUCGCCAACAUCCGUAGGGAAGUGGGAGGACGUGGUGCGCAAAGCUUGGGCUCCGUUGCCAUCGAGAAGGCGAAGCAGAUGCUGAAAUUGGCCAACAAGCAGGGGUGCUCGACCAUCGUGGAACGUUUCGAGACCGAUGCCGAGUACACCAUCGCAUCCCUCAACAACGGCUUCGACCGUGACUUCCUGAGGACCCAAGAUGUGCUUGUCAAUGGCAUUCUGCCGAACCUCGGUCGCAAUCAGGCCCAGCGGACCCUUGGCACUGGCGUCCAUGGAUCUGGAAGUUGGGACCGCCCUGACUCUCCAGAGAGCGUCGCCAGGUUGCUCUAUCUGCGUGAGUGCAAUCCAGCCGCCUUUAAGGCAGGCCUGUUGGGGACUGAGCAAGACGAUCCCCUUGCCAUUAUGUGGCUGGGAGUCGCCUACAGCAUCUCGGGGUUCAUCCAAGUGUUCUUGCAGCACAAGGCAAUCGACCGGCUGCAAUGCUUCACGGAAACCUUGUACCUCGACCCCAACCUGGGUUACACGGCUGCAGAAUGGGACCUAUGGCUGAGGCAGCGCUUGAAUGCUCAGCUACAGCCCGCCAUCCGUGCUCAUGAAGAACGCCUUGCUGACGCCGAACGUUCCCGAGCAGCACAGCGUGCCGCUGAUGAACGCCGUGCGACAAAGGGCGAGGGCAAAGGCGGUAAGAAGGGCGCACCCAAGGGACCACAUCCCUAUGCUCGUGGCGGCUAUGGCUACCAUCGCUGA